GUGGCCAGCUCUAGCAGCGCAUCCCCCAUGUCUGGGGAGUGUGACACGGACGGGACACACGAAUAGCAGCGGUGGAGCAUGGAGUCUGUCGGCUCUCCCUUACCUGCAAAGUUCGCCCAUCCCAGAGCCAUACCCACCAGGUUUCUCCCUGCCAUCCACACCAUGGCGUCAAGCUACAAGAACCGAUUUCCUUACCGCCCCUUGCCUCAGAGCUACAGCCUCCCCUGGAUGCCCAGCACCUACUACAAAACGGCUGCCAGCAAACCAACUUUGGCUGCCUUUUCCAAGAGUUCCCAGGGGAUAACCGCCGGCGAGAAGCUUCCUUCUGUUUCCACCAGAACCACCGUCUUCACCCGCUACACCCCUGAAGACUGGUACAAGUCCAACAUGACCAAUUACAGGGAGUCAGAGACCUCCCAGAAGAACGCGGAGCGCCUGAGAGCCGAUACCUCCCGCUUGAUUGACGACAAAUACCAACAGACCAAGAAAACCCAAGUAGAAAGCACCAAAAACCUGGGAGUGCGCGCCAAUGACAUCGCGUUUUGGAAAUCGGAGCUCUGCCACGAGCUAGAUGAGGUGAUCGGGGAGACCAACGCGCUCACAGAGGUGAAGACCAGGCUGGAGAGAGCCUUGGCCGAGGCGGAGGCCCCUCUCCGGGUCGCUCAGGAGUGCUUACUUCACCGGGAGAAGAGGAUGGGCAUCGACCUGGUCCACGACAACGUGGAGGAACAUCUCUUAACAGAAGUCGAUGUCAUCAGGUCGUGCCAGGAGAAGAUGCAGCAGUUCCUGGACAAGGCCAAAGCCCAGAUCACGUCCAACCGGGCGGCCCAGCACAACCUGGAGAAGGAUCUGGCUAACAAGCAGGUGGCCCACCGGAUCGACGACAGGUGCCACCACCUGAUGAACACCUCCCAGGGCAUCAGUUACUACCGAGGGGUGGAGCAGGUCGAUGCCACGAUCUCGGUGCCGCAGUCCUGGGCCAAGUUCACAAAUGACAACAUCCUCCGCUCCCAGAGCGAGCGGGCGACCUCCGCCAAGCUGCGGGACAACAUCGAGAACCUGCUGGCGGUGACGGCCAGCCAGAUGUGGCGGCAGUUCAACGCCGUGAACGUCGCCUUCACCAACCGCAUCGCCGAGACGGCCGAUGCCAAGAGAAAGAUUCAGACCCACCUGGCCAAGACACUGCAGGAAAUAUUCCAGACCGAAAGGAAUAUAGAAGCCAUCCAAAAGUCCAUUAGGGACCAGGGGCCUCCAUUAAAAGUGGCUCAGACCCGGCUGGACGAGCGCACUCGGAGGCCAAACAUGGAGCUGUGCCGGGACACUGCCCAGCUGCGCCUUGUCAACGAGGUCCGUGACAUCGAAGAGACGGUGCAGACUCUUCAGCAGCAGCUGAGAGACAGCCAGGACACCUUGCAAAUGCUGGUUCGCACCAAAGCCAUCCUGCAGCACGACCUGGCUGUCAAAGCCAACUCCCUGUUCAUCGACGAGGAGAAGUGCAUGGGGAUGCGCAAGACCUUUCCCAGCACCGCGCGGCUGCUGGGUCCCAUCUAG